AUGAAGAUCAGCACCUCUGCCGUCGUCGUGGCUCUCGCCGUUAGCGUCGAAGCCAAACUUCACAACUUCGGUGCCUGCGUGCGUAACCGUGUUGAGCAGCCCAUUGGUGGCACUGGUUGGAGUGUCAGCUACAGCUGGUCUAAGAAGUACGAGAUUAUGCCCGAGGCAACCAAGUGCGCUUGCGACUACUACCGUCGCCGCAACACGGGCAACAAGCAGUGGGAUCAGUGCCCCGACUGCCACAUGGACGGAGACGCUUGCAGAUCUGAUGGCUGGCACAUUGGAGGUGACGAGCUGAACCACUACUGCACCAAGUACUGUGGCGCUCCUCAGUCUGAGGGAAGCAACAGCUAG